CGUGCUGUUUGAUCGUUCCCAGCGCGCGCAAUUCCAAGAAACGUCACGAAGUUCGCUUGGCGAAAACACAACAACAAAAUACAGCUCGCGCUUCCUUCCGUCGGAUAUCGCGUGCGCGCAGCUCUCUCUGUUGACUGUUAUCAGCGGGCCAAGUCGCAGUGAUUGGCAUUUUGGCCCACAGAGUCAUGUGAAUUGUGCAUUGUUCCUUGUGCUCCUUGUGUUGUGCGUGCAAUUGUUUCCGCCCAGUUCAGCUCCUGCUCCGUGCGCCAUCUGCCAAACGUAGUUCCUAAGUUAAUUAAUAAGCAAAACACAUCAAUCAAUCGAAAUGGAUAUGUCCAGCGCCAACUCCUUGCGACCGCUCUUCACCGGUUAUCCCUUUCAGGGCCAGGGACGCGUCAAUCAGCUUGGCGGCGUCUUCAUCAACGGCCGCCCACUGCCCAAUCACAUACGGCUGAAGAUAGUUGAAAUGGCUGCCAGCGGGGUGAGGCCCUGUGUGAUAUCGCGACAGCUGCGAGUCUCGCAUGGCUGCGUGUCCAAGAUACUGAAUCGCUACCAGGAGACGGGCUCCAUUCGGCCGGGCGUGAUUGGAGGCUCCAAGCCGAAGGUGACUUCGCCAGAGAUCGAGGGACGAAUCGAAGAGCUGCGCAAGGAAAAUCCCGGCAUAUUUAGCUGGGAGAUACGCGAAAAACUGAUGAAGGAGGGCUUUGCUGACGCGCCGUCGACUUCAUCGAUCAGUCGGCUGCUGAGGGGCAACGAUCGCAGCAGCGAAGAUGGACGCAAGGACUACACAAUCCAUGGCAUACUGGGCGGCCGAGACUCGGACAUCAGCGACACCGAAUCGGAGCCGGGUAUUCCGCUCAAACGAAAGCAGCGACGCUCCCGCACCACAUUCACCGCCGAGCAGCUGGAGGCUCUCGAGCGCGCCUUCUCACGCACCCAGUAUCCGGAUGUCUAUACCCGAGAGGAGCUCGCUCAGACCACCAGCUUGACUGAGGCGCGCAUCCAGGUCUGGUUCUCCAAUCGCCGUGCCCGUCUGCGCAAGCACUCGGGCGGCUCGGGCUCCGGACUGUCUCCCAUGAAUGGUAGCGGUGCAGGCGUCGGAGUGGGUGUACCACCCAGCAGCGCAGCAGCACCACUUGGCUUUGGGCCACUGGGCGUGGGCUCGAUGGCGGGCUACAGUCCCGCCGCAGGCACCACGGCCAGCACCGCCACAGGCAUGACCGACAGCUCGCACCACCACCACAGCACCGCCCAUGCUCCCAGCACCCACAGCGCAGCAGCGGCUGCGGCAGCGGCCCAUCACCACACACAAAUGGGUGGCUACGACCUGGUACAGAGCGCGGCUCAGCACGGCUUUCCGGGCAGCUUUGCCCAACACGGACACUUUGGCGGGCAGAACUAUUACCAUCAAGGUGGGUACAUGAUGCUUAAGAUGAAAUCCUUAUCCAUCUUCUCUUUUGUUAUGGAUUUCAUGUACUGA